AGAGCCCACAGAACAGGUAAAUCUCGUGCAAUCUUCCCACAAAAGCGUUGAAAGAACAGAUACAUCGUCUCCUCUCUCUCUAACUCGAAAAGCCUCCAUCUCUCCUACUUUCUGUUUCUAGGGUUUCUUUCUGUCCCUUCAUCUCGCUCUCCCCAAUAGAGCUGAAUAUGGACGCAGCAGCGGCGAGCCUUAUGCAAUCUCCGUUCAGCAGCUAUAUGAUUUCGAAUUCCAUUUCCAGAUCGGUUAAUUUGACUUCUAAUCGUACCAGUUUUCCAUGUUUCGGUACCAAUUUUGGCCUCUCAAUGAAGCACAAAACGUCAUCUAGAUCAAAGCUGGGUCACAAAAGAAUUAGUUUUGGAAGUAGGAGGUUCCUGCUAGUUAGAGCGUCGACGUCUUCAGAUUCAGGAAGUUCAGAUUCUCCGAUUGCUCCGUUGCAGCUGGAGUCUCCUGUUGGGCAGUUUUUAUCUCAAAUCUUGAUGAGUCAUCCACAUCUUGUGCCUGCUGCCGUUGAGCAGCAGCUUGAACAGCUUCAAACAGACCGUGAUGCUGCUCAACAGCUUCAAACAGACUGUGAUGCUGAGAAAAGUGAGGAACCUUCCGCUACGGGCACCGACUUAGCUUUGUACAGGAGAAUUGCUGAGGUGAAGGCUAAUGAAAGGAGAAAGGCUCUGGAAGAAAUUUUGUACGCCUUGGUUGUGCAGAAAUUCAUGGAUGCCAAUGUGUCUUUGGUACCAUCCAUUGAAACCUCAGCAUCAGAUCCUUCUGGCUGUGUUGAUUCAUGGCCAAGUCAGGAUGAAAAACUUGAGCAGCUUCACUCACCUGAAGCCUAUGAAAUGAUCCAGAAUCAUUUAGCUCUCAUCUUGGGAAACCGUUUGGGCGACUCAACUUCUGUUGCACAGAUAAGCAAACUCAGGGUUGGGCAGGUUUAUGCAGCAUCUGUGAUGUAUGGGUACUUCCUCAAGCGGGUUGACCAAAGGUUUCAACUUGAGAAGACGAUGAAGAUCCUUCCAAACACAUUGGAUGGUGAUGACACGAACGUUCAGCAAGCUGUGGGAGACGACAGUAGGCCCCUUGGUGGAGGGGAGUCUUUCCAAGCAGCACCUUCACAUCCUGAAGUUUCUUCCUGGGCUGGGGGCACGAGUCCUGGGGGUUUUGGUCAUGGUAUGAAGCCUUCCCGACUACGGACCUAUGUUAUGUCCUUCGAUGGGGAGACCCUUCAGAGAUAUGCGACCAUAAGAUCCAAGGAGGCGGUCAGCAUCAUCGAGAAGCACACGGAGGCACUGUUUGGAAGACCAGAGAUUGUCAUAACGCCUCAGGGAACUGUUGAUUCUUCAAAAGAUGAGCUCAUCAAGAUUAGUUUUGCUGGUCUGAAGAGGCUUGUCUUGGAAGCUGUGACAUUUGGUUCUUUCCUUUGGGACGUGGAGAGCUACGUGGAUGCGAGGUACCAUUUCGUGUUGAAUUGACUGUGUACGCUUAUAUUCCUACCUUAGAAGUUUAAGGUACACCACUCAAAAUUAUAUGAGAAUGAGAUAGUGGAGUGUAAAUUUUGUAAUGAUACCCAGUCAUUUCGUGCUAACUGUUAUGUAAAUAGAGAAUUUCUUUCUAAUUUCUAGUGAGGAUUUAAUAUAAUUAAGUUUGGAAUAUUAAAUAUGUGAAAACUUUGUUCAAGAUUUCGUUUAAUUGAGUUAUUUCCAUUCUCGCU